AUGGGGAGUGAAAUGUCCCGGGAAGAGAAAACUGUAUAUAGUAUGAUGCAGCAGCUCCUGCAAAAAUAUCAAGCCCAUAUAACUGAGCAUAAUUUGAAAAUUCUGCUAAAAUGGACAAAGGCGACGUGCCCUGAUCUUGACUUCGUAACUAUCUUUGAUCCUGAACAGUGGGUCAUGAUACGAGUCAAACUCUGGGAUGCAACAACUCGAGAUGACAAAAUUGCUCAAUCCCUAUUAGGAGCUUGGAGAACUGUUUUUGAAUGCUUAAAGAAACAUGUUGGGACUGGUCUGGAACAGAGAUCUGCUGCUGCAGAAGCUCCAGGUCCUGCAGUCCCCGGAGUUUCCGCUCUGAUAUUGGAACCUUCGGCUCUGCCGUUGGUAGGAGAAGAAGAGGGUAAUCAUGAGGAUGAUGAUCCUUUUGACCCCGGACCUAUUGAUCCUGAAGCUGCACCAGACUUAUAUCCUUCUGAUCCCUGUGAUAUUUGGGGAAAAAUUAAACAAGAGGCUGCUAAGGCAGGGGACACUGGCAUUUUACAAAACCUGCGAGCUUUUCCAGUCAUCUAUGAAGCCAAUCGCCAGCCCCGAUGGGAGGGAAGGACAGCCAAUUCAGGGAAAUGGGAAGUGGAGCACGAAGAGGGGCCGCACGCAGACACAAGCAGCCCCCAUUCAACAAGCGGGACCCCAGUCUCAAGUCUAUAUGCAAGAACAAGCGGCAGCACCGGAAUGGAUCUGGCCACCGCAGAAUCAGUAACCUUAGAAACAUCUGAAGUAAAAGUGGUAGCCACGGGGGUGUGGGGACCGUUAGGGGGUAACAAAAGUGCGUUGUUAAUAGGACGGUCAUCUACCACAUUGCAAGGGCUUUUUGUGUUGCCAGGUGUAAUUGAUGCUGAUUAUCAAGGGGAAAUCAAAAUUAUGGUGUGGACACCUAUGCCUCCUUGUUUUGUGCCGGCUGGUUCUCAUAUUGCACAAUUGGUUGUUUUUAACAUUCAGCCAUCCUUGGCAGCAGCAAAAACAAGGGGCUUCAGUGGAUUUGGCUCUACGGGGGUUCCACAUAUUUUUUGGGCUCAGCGGGUCUCUAAUUCCAGACUGACUCUCAGUUGUAGAUUGGAAUGGGGAAAUCCUCGCCAAACAAUUGAGUUGUCUGGCAUUAUUGAUACCGGGGUGGAUAUGACAGUUAUAUCGCACUCCGUGUGGCCCUCUCAUUGGCCAAUUUCCAAAGUAUUCACGGCAAUUACAGGCAUAGGAGGUCACACCAUUCCAUUGCAAAGUGUGUAUUAUUUGGUGCAAGUGAUAGGUCCUGAGGGUAAAAGAGCUACCAUUCGUCCUUUUAUCCUCCCAACUCCCCUAACUUUAUGGGGACGGGACUGUCUUGCGCAAUGGGGAUUAAGCAUUGGGUCAAAUUUGUCGUAGGGGUCACUGAGGUGCAGCACACCCUGAAAUUAACAUGGAAAACUGAGAAUCCAGUAUGGGUGGAUCAGUGGCCCCUGACACUUGAAAAGCUGCAACAUUUACAAUCAUUGGUGGAUGAACAGUUAAAGGCAAAGCAUAUUGUACCUACGACUAGUCCUUGGAAUUCGCCUGUGUUUGUGAUACAGAAAAAAAGUGGAAAGUGGAGAUUGUUACAUGAUUUGAGACAUAUUAAUGCAGUAUUAGAAGACAUGGGUCCUUUACAACCAGGACUCCCAUCUCCCACUAUGAUUCCAAAAGAUUGGUGUUUAACAGUAAUUGAUUUGAAGGAUUGUUUUUUUUACGAUUCCUCUAGAUCCAUGUGAUGCCCCCAAA